GUUCUGAGCCCCCCCGGAGCUGCUGAAGACCCAGAGCCACCAUGGAGUUUGUGAUGAAGCAAGCCCUAGGAGGGGCCACCAAGGACAUGGGAAAGAUGCUGGGAGGUGACGAGGAGAAGGACCCCGAUGCUGCCAAGAAGGAGGAGGAGCGGCAGGAGGCCCUGCGGCAGGCAGAAGAGGAACGCAAGGCCAAGUACGCCAAGAUGGAGGCCGAGCGCGAGGCCAUGCGCCAGGGCAUCCGAGACAAGUACGGCAUCAAGAAGAAGGAAGAGCGGGAGGCCGAGGCACAGGCGGCCAUGGAGGCCAGUGCGGAGGGCAGCCUGACGCGGCCCAAGAAGGCCAUCCCCCCGGGCUGUGGCGACGAGCCCGAGGAGGAGGACGAGAGCAUCCUGGACACGGUCAUCAAGUACCUGCCCGGACCGCUGCAGGACAUGUUCAAGAAGUAA